GAAAAAAAAAAACCAAGCAAACUGUCAAGGAAUAAAGAAAAAAAAAUUCCAAGAAAGCCCGCUUGCAAAAAGGACAUUCAACUUUAUUCUUCCAAAUAAAAAAAAUUAUAAAAUACAAUAAAAAUAUAAAUUAAAAUAACUAAAACCCAUCACAUUAUGAACGAACUGAUGGACAUUAGUUCCAUUACCAUUGAAGAUUUACAAGAAGAAUAUCAAAAAUUAAAAGAAAAAUGUUCUCAACUAAUCGCUUUAAGCGAUCAAGAUAGACAACGAAUUCAUGAAUUGAAAAGGAGUCUCGACACAGCGACAGCUGCCGAAGCAUAUCUCUCCCAAGAACUCGAACAAUUGUCUUCAGUGCAAACAUCACAGGAUGAUGCUGCAUUGCAGAAAAAGCAAAACGAAAUCGAUGAACUGAAAAAGAGGCAAGCUGUGCUGCUGACUGAAAAUGAAGAGUUGCAUGAAAAUGUUGCCGCUUUGCGCGCUGAUAAUGAAAGACUCAAACAAGAAGUUAGAGAAUUAAAUGCUGCAUCGUCUCCUGUGGAGAUAUCCUAUCAAAUACCUAAAGAAUAUGUGGAUUUGAGAGAUAAAUUGGAGACCGAAAAUUUAGAGUUGCUUGCCAAAUUGGACGAAACGCAUGAAAGUGUUGUUAAGUUUACUAUGGCUUUAGCUGAAAAAGAAAAACACAUAGAAAUCUUUAAAGAUCAAGUCCUUUGUUUGGAAGAAAACUUACAAUCCAAACGGGAAGAAGUUGAUGAGAAAACUCAUUUGCUUGAGAGUGCCCAGGAGCAGGUUGUUGAGAUGAAUGCUAAAAUAGCUCUGCUCACAUCAUGUCCUGAUAAUGCUGAACGCAAAGGCAAUUCUUUGUUUGCUGAGGUCGAUGACCAGCGACAGGCAAUGAAGCAAUUGUUGGCUAAUCAAAAGAAAAGCUAUCUUCAAAUGAAGAAGAUUUUCAACGAGAGUCAGCAUGAAAUUCGCCGACUUAAGAGGGAAAAUGUUGCAAUGCACACGGAACUACAAACUUGCAGCACAAUUUUCUGCAGCGCUGAUAAAGCUUAUAAAGAAAAACUGAACGAAAGAAUUUUGCAACUCCUAAAACAAAACGAAGAUCUGGAAAAGAAGCUUAUGUUCACUCAACAGGAACUCCUUUCAUUGGCCAACGACAAAGGAGUCGUAUGGCUAGAUUCUAUGUUGUUAUUCUGCAAACAAGAAACCGACGAAAUGAAGCUGGAACUCCACAGUAUCCGAAUUCAGAAGGGAAUUCUUGAGGAAAAAUUACGAAACUCCCAACAGGAAUUGGCUAAGUGGAGAUUUGAAGCGCUAAAGUUGCGGUGCAUUUUAAUUGAUCGCGAAACCUUACUCACUGACAACCACAUCGAAUUCAAAGUCUUCACAAAUCGAGAUGUAUCGUUUAGCGAAAGUGAACUGAAUAAUGCCAAACCUCAAUUAACUUUCGCAAGUCCACAUUCUGAAGAGGAUAAAAGCUCGAAACAAAAUGAGAUUAUUGAUCUCGACACAAGUGUCGCAGAGAAACUAGAAGUUUCUGUUAUUCAAUUAAAUGGCGAUGAGCCAACACAUGAUACCAACGAAAACAAAGUAGCAAUUGCUCAAGAACCAACCGUCAUAAAAGUUGAAGAAGAUCAAAAAACACCAAUCAUCAAGAGUGUGAGUAUUGAAAUAUUUGAAGACGAACAGUUAGAUUGUGUCGUUAAAUCAGAGCCACUAGAAAGCAAUACUACUAAGCAAUCAAAUAACGAAAUUACUAACUCACAAGCUCAACUAGAAUUAAACAAUCCAAGUAUUAAAACCGAAUCAAGAGAUGUAGAUAAUAAAGAAAACAUAUUCAUAGCUAAAGACAAUGAAGAAACUCUGCCAAAUAUUUGUGCCAAAAUCACACUUAAAGAAUCUAAUGUAAAUAUCACAACGACGACGACCACGCCAGAGUAUGUUAAUAGUCCCAAAUCAAGACCAUCGAUUUUGGUAACUAAAAAAGACAUUCUCGCCGAUGAAGGCAACACAAAGACUGUGCAUUUUACAAAUUCAGUCACUAAAUCAGAUUCAUCAGCUGAAUCGAAGGCAGCUUCCAAGCCGAAGCGAAAUAAAUCAAGCCUUGUUGUAAGAAGAAUUUUAGUAGGUUCGAAAAAUAAGAACACGCCUUCGGCUCCUACUAUUCGACAUUAAUAAAAUUAUAUUAAAAGACACAUAUUAUUGUAUACUAUACAUAUUUCAAAAUUCUGAUAUAAUAUCACAAAAUUUUCCAAUUUAAAAACUAUAUUAUACUCGAAAUAAUUAUGGGCAUUUUGCAAAGAAUGUCCUAGACCUUUUAUGUAUUUUAAAUGUCAAAAAUAAAACAACUAUAUGAAGCUUGUAUUC